GAAAAGCAAAGCACGCGAAGCUGCAGCGCCAGCUGGAACAACGAGAUCUUGCACAACAGCCGCGCGGAGCUCUGCCGAUGCUGGUUUGCUGCGGGCAGUAGCCGUCCCCGAGCCCCGUUGCAAAGCGCCCCGUGCCACCCCAGCUGCUCGUUCGUGGUCGGCAGCGCCUCGAACGGGCCGUUGGCGAGCCUCGCUCCCGGUGAUCAGAGCAGCCGCCCCGCCCCGCCCGUAGCCCCACGCCGCGUUCUCCGCGCUGCUGCAGCAGCAUGAAGACCUUCCUGAAGUGGUUGCUGGGACUCGUGGGGGUCGCCGUUGUCGUCACGGUGAUCGCCGUGCCGCUGGCUCUGCUCACCGGCAAAAGUACCUCUGAGUCUGAUUCACGAAGAACAUAUACCCUAGAGAAUUACUUGAACAAUGACUAUGUGUACAAAACACAUAAUUUGCAAUGGAUUUCAGGAAAUCAAUAUCUGCACAAAACACCUCAUGGGAACAUUCUCCGUUUUGAUGCUGAAACUGGAACAUCCUCAGUAGUCUUGUUAAAUACAACAAUGAGCACAUAUGAGGCAACAACAGCUAUAUUGUCCGCUGACCAGAGGUUUGCUCUUCUGCAGUACAAGUAUGAAAAGUUGUGGAGGCAUUCCUACACAGCUUCAUAUCACAUCUAUGAUUUCAAUACAAGCUCCAUCUUAGAUGGUGCACUACUACAUAAUGACACGCAAUAUAUAUCCUGGUCACCUGUUGGUCACAAAUUGGCAUAUGUUUGGAAUAAUAAUAUUUAUAUAAAAGCUUCACCAACAGCAGCACCUGUGCAAAUCACUAGCAAUGGAGAAGAAAAUAAAAUCUUCAAUGGAAUACCAGAUUGGGUUUAUGAAGAGGAAAUGUUUGGCAGCCAUUCUGCUCUCUGGUGGUCUCCAAAUGGCAAUUUUGUGGCAUAUGCAGCAUUUAAUGAUACAGAAGUUCCUGUUAUAGAGUAUUCCUUUUAUUCUGAAGACACCUUGCAGUAUCCUAAGACCAUUAGAAUCCCUUAUCCCAAGGCAGGAGCUAAAAAUCCAACAGUGCAAUUCUUCAUUGUGGAUGUCCAAAUGCUUCCUGUUUUUAACACUACUGAAAUUUCUCCACCUGCAGAAAUAAAAUCUGGUGAUCAUUAUUUGAGCGUUGUAACAUGGGUAACAGAUGAAAGGAUCUGUCUGCAGUGGCUCAGAAGAAUUCAGAAUUUUUCAGUCCUCACCAUCUGUGACUUUGAAAGUGCAACUGGAAAUUGGACGUGUCCACAGGAAAAACAGCUUACGGAAGAAAGUACAACUGGCUGGAUUGGCAGAUUUCAGCCAUCUGUCCCUUAUUUUGCCCCAGACAAUGCUACCUACUACAAAAUCUUCAGCAACACCAAAGGUUACAAGCACAUCCAUUACAUAAAUGGCACUGCGGCUCCAGUACCUAUUACUGAAGGAAAAUGGGAAGUAAUCAGCAUAGCAGCUGUAACCAAAAAUUUUCUGUACUAUGUUAGUAAUCAAAAUGGUGGGAUGCCAGGUGGAAGAAAUCUUUACAAAAUGCUCUUGGAAAGCAGUCCAAAAUCUACUCAGUGUGUUAGCUGUGAUUUGAAUCAAGAUAGAUGCCAGUAUUAUUCUACUUCCUUCAGCAAAGAUGCACAGUAUUAUCAGCUAAAUUGUUUAGGCCCUGGUCUGCCCUUGUCUACUCUGCACAGAAGUAGUGAUGAUCAAGUCCUCAGGUACUUGGAAAAUAAUACUGAACUGGAAAAUUCAUUGAAAGACAUUCAAAUGCCUUCAAAACAAUUUGGCUCCAUUACUAUAGGAGGGUACAACCUGUGGUAUCAAAUGAUAGUGCCUCCCCAUUUCGAUACAUCAAAGAAGUACCCUCUGCUCCUUGACGUGUACGCGGGACCCUGUAGUCAGAAAGUAGAUCAUGCCUUCCAGAUCAACUGGGCUACGUACCUUGCCAGUACAGAGCAGAUCAUUGUGGCCAGCUUUGAUGGCAGAGGAAGUGGAUACCAGGGGGAUGAGAUCAUGCAUGCUAUAAACCGAAGACUGGGAACCUAUGAAGUGGAAGAUCAGAUUUCAGCAGCCAGAACGUUUUCUGAAAUGAGCUUUGUUGAUAAGGACAGAAUAGCUAUUUGGGGUUGGUCUUAUGGGGGAUAUGUGACCUCCAUGGUGCUUGGCUCUGGAAGCGGCGUGUUCAAGUGUGGAAUAGCAGUUGCCCCUGUGUCACGUUGGCAAUAUUAUGACUCAAUAUACACAGAGCGAUACAUGGGCCUUCCUACAGAAAGUGAUAACCUGAGAAACUAUAAUAGUUCAACAGUAAUGGCCAGAGCUGAAAAAUUCAAGGAAGUUGAGUAUCUCCUUAUCCAUGGAACAGCAGAUGAUAAUGUUCACUUUCAGCAAGCAGCUCAGAUUUCCAAAGCUCUUGUUGAUGCUGAAGUGGAUUUCCAGGCAAUGUGGUAUACUGACAAAGACCACGGCAUCAGCGGUCAAGCACAUAAACACAUUUAUACCCACAUGAGCCAUUUCAUAAAGCAGUGUUUCUCACUGCCCUAGGAAAGCAAGGACACCACCCUUUUGCUUGUUAGUGAUGGUAUUUCUCCAGAAAACUCCUUUCAUGUACACUGAGCCAGUAUAAACUUUUAAGAGUUAAGAUAGCAGAGGGGAGUCAGCUCUUGGGAUACCUGAGGAUACAAUGAAUCUUAAUAAUGAUUUCUGUUGCCAAGCAACCAUUGCAUUUUUGAUUGUUUAAUCAAGUCAUUAACAUCACCAGAAUGUAUGUAAGUAGGUUGCAGACUUCUAGAAAGCACAGUACUUACUUGAAUCAGGAACUUACGAUUUGAUAUUUCAAUCUUUAAAUAAAUAAAAUGCAUACCUCCAGAUUUUCUACCAGUGUAAUGAGCACUGAAAAUAAUGUCAAAGAAGAACUCAAAUAAUCAUUAUGUUUCUCUCCAAAAAGGAUUAUUUCUAUGAAAAUACUGAUAAAACUUUGAACAGAUUUUGCUGAAAUUAUCUAAUGCCUGAUCAGUGCUUAUAAUAGAAAUAUAUCAGUAAUACUGCAACAUUAAUAAUUUCUGUACAGAAUAAGAGCGUUUACUUCAGAUCCUUGAGUUAUUAUUUAACUGCAAACUCUUGGAUUACAGUUGCAGAAUCUUGCAUGGAAAGCAUACAACCAGCUUUUACCAGAGAUUUUUGAAUGAUACUUAAAUUUAGUGUUGCUGGUUUGUUUCCUAUCUCAGUACUGUGAUAUUUACUUACUUUGUAGGCAAAGUGGUGCUGCUGUGGAAACCUGCACUGGUACUCUAGCAGAUCAUAGUUAUUUUUCUAUGGGAAAGAAGUCUUUAUUUAAAAAAGAAUAAAUAAUAAUAAUAUAAUCCUUUUUACCUACAAGUAAAUGAUAUUCCUUUACAUCUAUUAAGCAAGGACUGGACUGUAGCUCUCACAUGAUCAUGGUAUUUAGCAAACCUGCCUUAUUCCUUGUAGCCUACCUUUAAACUUCUGCUUUACCUUCAGCACUCCAGGUGGGCUUCUCCUGCUAAAGAGUAAGAAUGAUUUUUUCUUCAUUUCACAUAAAUAGUACAAGAGGGUUGCAUUUUUCUAAAAAAAAAUAAAAAUAAAAAAUGUGCUGCUUAAAUUAAUAAAUAAUCAUUAAGUUUUGAAAAGUUGUGUAUUCUGUAUCACUGAAAAUUCUGCUUAAGAAAUCUGUUCCUGGAAUUCACAUAUUUUUGUAACAUUCUAAGAGAGACUUACAGUGAAGUUUCAGUUUUUGUUUAAUGGUGGGAGGUGAUAAGCAUACAGUUUAUUGAUAUUCAAUGUCCAUAAGUGAUAGCAUGUUUCUAUUGUGAGUUACAGGUGAUACCAGGUGUGAAUGAUUACUUAAACAGGUAGAUAAAGAAGAGUGGGAAGUUAGCUGUGAGUUAUUACUUGUAGGUAAAGAGCUGCAAGUAAUUCCUUACAGAUCAGAGAAACAUUAAUGUAUUAUUAUUAUUAUUAUUCUAAAUUAAACUAAAAGUUAUAUGGUCUGUGGAAGGUCAUUAUGAUACUGUUCUUUGAAUCUGACCUACCUUACUAAUUCUAAAGUCUCACUGGGAAAUUGUUCUGGAAUCUGAACAUGUAGUUCUGUUUUAACUUUAUCUGUGAGGCAAAAGAAAGUACAAUGCUAAUUACCAUCAAUUAGAAUUCUUGUUUUGGAAAGCAACUUCUAAGCUAUACAUAAUGCUACUGGAGAACCACAUAACUUUAAGUAGUUUAUAUGCAUAUAUGUAAUUUUUUCAAUAGAAGAAAUGAGCAUCAAAUCAGCAGCUUCUUCUAUCUGGUAGACCUUCCCUAGUCCAUGAAGGAUGCAGGAGAUUAAUUAACAAGAUCAUAAAACUUCCUCAGGGGACCAACAAAUAAAUAGGGCAUCAGCUUAAAUUAAAAAUGCACAACCACAGAAAAACACCUA